GGGGUACUAUCUGACCAUCUGAGCUGGACGUGAGCCACAUUUUCUAACGGUUAUCUGCAGGUCAAGCGGUGCUCAUCAGCUAAUCUACCGGUAUCUGGUAUCACCAUAUGAAACGGUCUCCACUCGCCUGACAAGACGCUGACUGUAGCUCACCACUACAGUAACUACCAUUCACACACAUAUAUAUAUAUGUAUCUGAAGAGAGCGAGUCACGUCUAGUCUAGUCGAUGAUACGAUCACGAAUUUCCAGUCCUUACAGCCAUGUACCAUUUAGCAAAAGGCCUAUAUCGGCUUGCGACCAGUAAAGAGGAAUAUUCCGUAAUCCUUCUCGGCCUCGACAACGCCGGCAAGACGACCUUCCACGAACAGACCAAGUCCCUCUUCUUGCCCGAUCGUCCGGACCCUAAGCUCAAGACUGUGCCUACCGUCGGUCAGAAUGUCUCGACCCUCACCCUCCCCGACAUGUACCUCAAGAUCUGGGAUGUCGGCGGUCAGCUGAGUCUGCGCAAGCUAUGGCAGAGCUACUAUGCCAGCUGUCACGCUAUCGUCUUCAUAAUCGACAGCACCGACAUUGGCGACGGCAACAUCGAGCACGACAAUUCUGGUCGGCUCGACGAAUGCCGCCUGGUCCUCGAGGACGUCCUGCAGAACUCCGAGACAGAAGGCGUGCCACUGCUCAUCCUCGCCAAUAAACAAGACCGUGAAGACUGCCUCGAGGUGGUCAGGAUAAAAGAGGGGCUCGUUAAGAAGGUCUUCGAGGGUGAAAAGGCCUCCAGUAUUCGCGACUCGAGAGUGCUGCCGGUCAGUGCGCUGACCGGAACGGGUGUCCGGGAAGCCAUCGACUGGGUUAGAUCUAGAGUCAAAUGGAACAAGGAGUCGAGACCGCCCGUCAUGAGAUAGGGAUUUUAUCACGCGCUGCAAAUUUUCCAAUCAAAUUCGAAAGCGUUUUGGGCUUGCAUUGAGCGGCAUGGGCACAGGCGUUAGGGU